UCCCCGCAACCUUCAUGACUUCGAAUCUAUCUAGCUGGUAUACAAGUCAAUACGCUAAUUGGAAUCGUACCAGGAGGCUGCAGCAGUCUCCGUAUCUUGCUCGCACAGAAACCAAUACAUCACGGCAAGCGAGAACUAUGGCGCAAGCGACCAACGGUGAUGUCUUGGGCAAUAUAAACGGUCUUGGCAGUAUUGGACCUCCAGCUAAGGAUAAUUCGAAAGAGAAAAAAGGUCCUGAUACAUUAUUUGGACCGAACAUUGGUGUAAUCAGUGGCGGACCCGCUUGGACGAAUGGCACGGAGAAGAAGGUAUUGAAGGACGAGCUUACUGUCGAUGUCGUCAAGUCCUGGGUUGAGAAGAGCAAAGAGCCAUCUCAACCUACAACCACCCUCCAGGCCCUGGUCAAUCUCAAACGGCCGACUAUCCGUCUUUCUCCCCUUACAGCCAUUGAGGGCGAGGAAGCGCACGGUCAGCAGCAUGCUCUAGAAUUUGAAUAUGAUUGUGAUUCCCCGAAAUGUGGUAUCUACGUUCACGUGUUACUGCCUCCUGGCCAUCCAGAUGCACCACCUUCCGCUCCGGCACCUUUGGCGGGUGAUAACAUGUCUACUAAAUUAUCGAAGUUACUCGUUUUUGAGUCUGUCGUUGACGGCGGCUUUGGCAAGAUUCUUCAGAUGGAAGAAGGCGCAGUUCUUGAGCUGGGAAGGUUCGACAUGACACAUGAGGAAAAGGAUCAAUCUGCGGAUGUUAAUGUCGGCACUUCUCACUCGAACUCAGAUGCUUCAGUGCCCACGACUGGCGCUCAGGCUACCGCUUCCGGUGGGGUGAAUGCUCCAAAUCCACGUCGCAAGCGUUUGACCCACAUCUUCGCCAAACGACACAACAAUCGUAACAUGUCUGUUUCCGGCCCAGCCCUUGCCAUCGUCGAUGCGUCUGCCAAUGCACACACUGUCGACACUGAAAAGUCGAAGAAAGUAGAAGCGGAGGAAGGCAUUAAGGUGACCAUCAGACUCGCUGCUCUUGACGAGCAUGGCACCGAACUGGCCAGUCUCAACGAACAGAUUACUUAUCUUUCCGUGGAACGAUUCGGAAUCAAAGCUCACCCGGUUCAUGUCGAGUCCAACGGUGAUGAAAGUAAGACUGAAGCUACGGCAGGAGAGGUCAAAUCGGGGGAUGAGGAAGAUACUCGACCUUGGGUCGUCAAAGUCGUCAAACGUGAAGCCACGAUUGGCCCUCACACCUUCCAUCUGCACGAAAUCUAUGGCCUUACUUCGUCGUCGUCCUCGAAUCACACUCAUGCUCCCACCGCCCCACUCCCUUCCUCGCACACAUAUCCUCCCGCCACCGGUGCUCCUGUUGCCGAAAACAACGAUUCCAACGACGAUUCCCCUUCAGAAUGUCUUCUAUGCCUUUCAUCGCCGCGCGAAGUUGUUCUCCUUCCUUGUCGGCAUCUUGUUGCUUGUAAGGAUUGUGCCUUGAACAUGGUCGAGUUUGGUGCUGGUGGGAAUAUCACCCAGCCCGCUGAUGAAAUUGCUGCCGGCGACGGUGGUGCUGAUGGUGGCGAAGGAGCUGCUCCAGGGACUGGUGCAACAGAUGCAAUUACUACUCCGGCCGCUACGAGAAGGAAACGCAAAGCGAAAGGAUGGUUUUGUCCCGUAUGUCGACAACCCUACACUUCUUUAUUACGAAUUACUACGAAUCCACCUCCCGAACCGGGGAGCAGUGAUAAGCCCGAAACAACUGCUAGUGCUGGACAAUAUGAAUCAGAUGAGGAACAUGAUGAAGCGGCUGAAAAUGAUAUCGCUGAUGCUGGUCUUCCGUUGCCUGUUACUGCUGAGCCGCCUGCUCAGUCCCUGAAUACUGGUGAUAUAAAUUCCAGCAGUCUUUUUCCACGUCCCGGUUUCCUCCGAGGUAUCACUGGUCGAGGUAAUGCGACACCGAGAGGGGACGUUGAAAGUCAACUAUAAAAACUGAGCAGCUGCCAUUUCUUUGUCCUGUUGUAAUUACGCUUGUGUCUUUUUAGUGAUUCCUUGUGUCGUCCCUUGGCUACGAAAGUCUUGUAUCGUCUAUUUUAUCUAUGUAAGUAUGUUUUUCGUAUCUUCUACAUACAUCCAUUCAUGUUGUCUGUGUGUAAUGAAUGAACAUCUGAUUCGAGGAUUGUUAUUUUGAAAAAAUAGCGGAAAUAAUUCCUACCAACCCG